CAAAAUUCUAGGGUGUCCUUUCUAAUCGUCGUCUUCGUCGUCGCCAUACAUAUCCAAUUUCAACGCGAUCACAAUCACCCCAAAAUCGAGCGGUACUCUCUCUCUCUCUCAUAACGUCGUCUAUGUCUCUGUUUGCUGUUUUCUUUAAGCUUAAUUUAGAUGCUUAAACAUGGAUAUGUUUGGGCGUAAAUAAUCGCUUCUUGAGAGAGUACCAUUCUUAUUAGCAAUUGUUUUUGGGUGGACCCAAGCAGUUGCUUUCCUGGCUUUCUAUUCAGGGCCGGCCCUGAAUUGGAAAGGGUGGUGUUUGUGAGAGAGCGCAAUUAGAAAUGGAAGAGACAACGCAAUGUGGUCUGAAGAUUGAAGUGAUAGAUGAAACUGCAGUGAUUGAGACAACUCCUGUUUGUGAAGAUUCUGAGGGCAAUGGUGUUGAUAUUAAUAAUAUUCUGAAGCAAGAAACUGAUGGAAACAAAGAGAAACGGAAUAGAAGAAGGGGAAAAGGAGCGAGAAAAUUCGUUGGGACAAAUGAACAGGAAAACAUACUGAUUCACACGGCGCAAGUUCAAAUCGGCUUCAGCAAGAAAGCGGAAAGAACUUACACAAGGGAGGAGAUGGAGGCCUUGAGGUUUGUAAAUUUAGAAGUUCAGCAGAAGAAGUGGGUUGAAGUUUACUGUGGGCUUGGCCCCAAUGUGGCAAGGGACUAUGAUGGCUUGAUUGGUUCUAAUAAUCAGAAUCACAUUCAAGUUAACUUUGAUCCGCGGCAACAGUUUGGAAAGAAGGGAAAGAAGAUCCAUGGAGUUCUUGGUGAAGAUUUAUCUUGUUCUCAAGUCAUGGAUGAUGAAAUCGUCAACAUCAACCCCUUGGAUCCUGCAUGUGAUCUCGGUGUUGGUGUAGAGGAGGAAUGUAUUGAGGAAGAUGACAGUGAUGAAGAUUACAGUAGCAUUCAAAGACCUGCGUUUUUUGUUACAGGAGAACCCAAUUUUGAUGCUGGGCCUCCACAAGAUGGAUUGGAAUAUCUUAGGCGCGUAAGGUGGGAAGCAGCACAUGUUCCGAAAGUGAAGGUCGCCAAGCUUGAAAGAAGUAAGUUGAAGAAAGAGCAGACUGCUUACAUGCCAGUAAUACCUGAUAUUGAGAAGUGCCCAGAGCACCUAUUGCCAAUGAAACAGUGGGAGGAUGCAUUCAUGGCUGAUUUUUCGGAUCUGAGGCUUGCUCUGUCACGUCUUGAGGAUUCCCGUGCUGAAAUAUCUGCUCAGUAUCUGUUUUCAUCAACCAUCCAUCCAGAAGAAAGCUCCAAUCAGCUUCCUGAGACUGUCAUUGCUGAAAAUUUUGAUUUGCUGACCAAUGGUGGAGAUGAAUCCUCGGAGGCUCUUGAUUGUUCUACUCCUGAAAGCCCUGAUUAUCCACGACCCGUCCCAUCUGUGAACGAAAACGACGCCUCCCCCUCUCUUGAAAAUGAUAGUUCCAAGACUUCCGUGUGUGGAAGCUCUAGUGACAGCCCUACUUUGUCGGCUGUUUUAGGGAUGGACUCCGUAGCUCGAUUGUCAUCGCUGAGAAGACGGAUAAGAUUAGCAGAGAAUAUGACCACUUUGUCGAGGAAUGAUUGUGCAUGGCUAUUUGCUCUCUGCGCUGCAAUUGACACUCCUUUAGAUGCUGACACGUGUGCUGCCCUCCGGUGUCUGCUAAGGAAGUGCGCGAGUUUGCGAGCUGGAAAACUGGAAUUGGAUGAUGAAGUUGUCAUGCUCAAUAUAUUAGCAACAAUUACAGGUAAAUACUUUGGGCAGUCAGAACUUUGAAGGUUCCGGUUUCAUCUUGUGAAAUGUGUUGGUUUUGCAUUGUCAUUUUCAUUAGGCAAAUUCCCGGCGAAAGAAGUAGAUGAAAUUUUCCUUUUGACAAACAGUGUGUUAGACUUGCAUAAGAACUUUGCCGGGCUUAUUGGCCCUCUAGGCCAAAACAUAUUUGGGUUUCUACCACAUCACUUGCAUGUUUUGCACUUGAGAUGGAAUUUUGUAUUUCAGUUUUAUGGUUGAAUUCUCUCCAUAUGGGCCGAAUUAGCUCGGGUCGAUAGUGUAAAUUAAGGAACUGGUAUGUACAAAUCACAACCGAUAAAUAUGAUCAAAACUUA